GCUUUUGACUUUUCUCACCGUUCGUCUUGAGAUGGCAACUAGAAUUCUCGUCCGGGCUAGGCAGCCUCUCCUCCUCCAACUGAAGUCUCCUCAGGUUUCCCCUUUCAUAUCGAUUAUUCUGAGUUUUGUUCGUCAUCAGGGGUUUAGCUUCUACGUGCUUUUUCCGUUUGUGGUUUAGGGUUUAUGCACGACGUCAAGGUUGCUGGUGGACAUUAGUAGGUCGUCAAGUCACCGGAGGUUUAGUGUGCUCAAUGAUGUUAAAGAAGAAGUUAAAAGAAUGAAGCAGACAACUGUGAAGCUGUGUAAGCAUGCUGAUGGCUUCCGGUCAGAGACGGAAGCAACUGCUGAAAAGGUUGCAUCAAGUGUCCAGGAGAAGAUUUCUGCUGCUAUGAAGGAGGUGAAAGCAACUUCGACGAUGGGGAAGCCAGAGCCUGCUGAGUCAACUGACAACUUGUCCGAAAACAUCAAAGCAAACACCAAGGAGGCAGAAGCAUUGUUUGGAAAAUUCAAGUCACGAAUCCCUGGCUUUUCUUCAGCCUUCCAAACAAUGGAAGAGGCAAAGCUCAAUGAAAUAAUGAAGGCGGCCUACGACAUUGCGAAGGAAGAGUUAAAUGACGUUAUGAAAGAUGGAUCGAGUGGUGAUCGAAACGCAGGAGAAACAAGCACAAACAUGACUGAUGUUGCUCCAAUGUCGAAUCAAAAGCUCGCAGAAGACAUGGGGGAAAGGUCCGAGACUGCAAGUGACAAUCCCAUUGUUGACAAGAUUCAAGAGUAUGCAUUGCUCCUUUCUGCAUUGGUAGUUUGAGUAAUAAUAUCUUGAGGCAUUUUGUUGACAGCAUAACAUAUUUCCUCCAUGUGACUGUCUGCAGCAGCGUUAGUGAUACCAAAACAGCUGUUGCUGCAGCACCUACCAAGGGAAAGGGAAGACGUCGAUUCUUGAAUUAUAAGGUCCUUUUAUGGUGCCUCUUCAUAUCCAUUCUCGUAUAUAUUUCCUACUUGGUGUUGGAGGCAAUCGCAACGCUGUUCGCCAUGUCCAUCCUUGUGAUGGUGAUGAUGAUUGUGCUUUUCGCCCUACCUAUCGUGAUGCUAGGUGGUGGUGGGUGUGACGGUGAGUCUGAGUUUUGACCGAUGGAGUUCUCGCUGAGCUGUGCGCAUUUUGGUUCACUCAUGAUAUUUCGGAUUAUUUGAUCUUUAUGGAUAGUUUAUCUCGUUGUUAAGUGUUUGUGAAUAAGGAUGUUGUUCUAGUGAUGUUUCGUCAUGUGUGGGU